GUGGGCCGAUAUUGUCAAUGACCUAAACACCCAAAAUCCAGAAUAUCUAGAUAUUAGACAGCUAGAGAGAGGACUGCAGCAUCGAAAAACAAAGAAGCCAAAACUUUUUCACUUUGAUUAGGUUGGAGGAAAUCUUCAUUGCAUCAUUGCCUUUCAGAGACUUAACUGGCAAAGAUUCGGUCCUUGGAAUUUUCCAUUUGGAAACAUUAGACAGGACAAACAAUCCCAAACACAAGGAAUUUCCAAAUCUGAAAGCGAAGACAAUAUCUCCAAGAAACAACACGGGCGACUGGGUCGAUCCUUCAGUGCCAGCUUCCACCAGGAACCCACGUGGAAGAGACCUCAUCUUCGUGAGAGGAGGCACAGUGGAUAUCAGAGCUAUAAUGAUUAUGAUGGCAAUGAUUAA